AUGCCCCGCAAUCCGGGUGCAAGGAAGAACCAGCACAACCCUCGCCAUGAGAAUGGUCUGAUUCAGCCCGGCAAGCGCAUGGUAAAGCAAAGGUCCAAUCCGCAACUCAAUGGAUCAGCCGCAAAAGUACCUACGCCACCUGAAUCAGUGCUCGACUCGCCUACGCUUGCCAACGGCGUCCCUGCUUCGCCUGUACCUGGUCGUACCGAAGACCUAGCAUACCGAACCCAAGACUCCGAGACGGAUGGGCCCUACCCAGAGAAUGCCAAAAAGCACGACGCCGCAGACAAUCACUCCAUGGCUCCCGUCCGCUCGAGCAAGCACAAAGUCAGCCACGAUGUCAGCGCAUUGCAGAUCGCCAACACCAUCCUCAAGUCCCGCCCAGCCUGCGACACCAUUGCUCUGCUCAUCGUCCUUCUCGCCCUGCCUUCAAUGGUUUUGACCAUUGUUCAGGCACUCUGGGCCUUUGUCUCUGGCAUCGAUCAUCGACGUCUUUCAAUUCGCACAGGGUGGACCGUCUCUUGGGACCAUGGCUUGGUAGAUGCGGUGUGCUUCUUCCUCUGGAUCUGCUUGUGGAAUUGGGCCCAAAACUUUGCCUUGGAUCUCGCACAGAUCCACAUCGCAAUCACGCUCGGCAACGGCAGCUCAGGCAAGAGCGGCAGUGCGAACACGAUCUGCUUCGCUCUUGUUCUGUGUCUACACACAAUCAGGAGCAAAGGUGUUCGGCGCUUCGUGCUGUCCAAUCUGGUCCCGACUGAACUGCUUUCGCAAACUCGCUUCGUGGAUUUUCUGCGCUAUCUACCGGGCGACGCCGACUUUGGAGAUACACCCAGUGCUCCAUCGAAACUAAGGAGUCUUUUUGCGAUUCACAUUCUUAGUCAAGCUUUGGUGUCUUUCAUACGUCGUCAACUUGCGGGCUCACAAACUGUGACCGUCACCAAGUCAAGGAAAGGUGCCGAUGCUGAAGUAACUGCCGCAACCUCUACCGAUGUGAACGGGAUUGACGGGCAAGGUGCCAUCGGGUCUGCCUCUGGCAACGAUUACCAAAAUUCUCAACUGACUGCGCGAGAUGGCAGGGACAGCAAAGGAGUCACUGCAAAGAAACGCCGCCGCCAGGCAAAUCAUGUUCGAAGCCGGCAGCCGUUUUGGGCUGCUCUUGCCAGCACUAAGGUUCAUGUUUUGCGCGAAGUUGAAAACAAGAAAGGCCUGCCGAACGCCGCCUCUGUCGAUGAUCGCUACUCGGACAUGCCUCAAAGCGACAAUGUUUGGAUCAGAAAUGUUGACCCGUCUUCCAUUCACGUCGAAGCCCGCUUCAACGCCUACGAAGAUUCCGAAAGUGACCUUGCGCCACUUUUCGUUCGCAUCAAUGGUGCCAAAUGGCAAUCUGUACAGAUCGAGCCCGCUCAGGAUGAAAACGCCAUUGGGAAUUGGAUGGUUGAAAUCAACGGGCUCGCGCCAAAUUGCACAUACACUUGUACAUUCCACGACAUCGAGACAGGCGAGGAUUUUGCAACAGUCAUGGUUCGCACUCCAGUACUCAUCGACAAGGACUACCCAAGCACGAUAGCGUCGACCCCAGUACGCGAAUCUGCUCGUCCUCAGUCACCAACGACGACGCUCAAGAACUCGAUUGCAAGCGAGGAAGGCAAGUUGUCGGAAGCCCGGAAAAAGCUGGCACAACUCAAGAAACAACAUAAAGCUGGGCUGAACAAGACUGAUCGCGAACUAGACUUUCUCAACGGAAGACUGAAAUCUGGAGGUGACGACAACAAGCUGAGACAAAAGUUACUACAGACCGAGCGCCAGAUCCGUCAAACGGAAGACAAUUCAAACAAUCUUGCUUCAACACUCGAGGGACUCGAGACUGUACCCGAAAAUGAGGCCGUGGAGUGGAAGGACCGCAAAGCUCAAUUUGAGGAGCAGAAGAGACUGCUCACGGAGGCUACGGAAGCUCUCAGUAAGGCCAAAGCUGCUGCUGAUUCCGAAAUCGCUUGCCACAACACCGAGUUGUCGACCGCUGUGACCCGGCAAGAGCGUCUGGCAGGUCGUGUGACCAAGCUCAAUGAACAACAUGACAGGAUCACGCAGGCGAAUGCCGAAGGUCUAAACGAGAAAGAGCGCCGUGAGGCCGAAUUCGCAGCUAGGCAGGCAGAUCACCAGCGUCGUGAGAAGGAGCUGAUCAAUAGCAUCAACAAUCUCAACAAUCAGCUUUACGAAACGCAAUUGACCACCAACGAGCACUGGCACCAGAUCGAGAUCCUGGACAAACAAGAUCAACUCCAUCGGUCCAAGAUGCUUCUCAAUAACGGUCCACUGACUCCUGAAGGUGAUUUGCCUGGUACUCGAAGUCAACCCCAAUACGGCCGCAGCUUUGGUCUCAAUGGGCUCCCUCCUCUCUCAGGCACUGCUGAGGUUCAAGAGUCUUCGCCAAUGCUGUCCUAUACUCAACCAAUCGGCAGCCGACCACGAUCUGGCACCAAUCAAUCUACCGGAGGACUUAGCGGCUUGUCAGAGGAUUUCGAUGACGCAGAUCCGAUUCCGCCCACGCUGCAGGACGGUGCGAAUGGACGGAAGGGUAGCGGGAGCAGUCGAGGCAAGAACAAUGGUAGUCCCGCUCAUGGUUGGAAUGUUCGUAGUCCUGGUCGAUAUAGCCCUGGCCAUAUCCCAGGAACCACCACAUGGUAG